AUGAACCCAAACACUGAAGUUGUUGAUGGCGUACUUGUGACCAAGUGCGAUUACCCCGAACCGACCGCAGAGUGGACAAAUGAUUACCAGCAAAUGGGUGGUGACGAGGUUUGGGGUGAAGGCGGUAAAGUCUCCGAGGUUCUAGAGCGUCACGGGCUGAGUGGUGACAUCAAACCCCUCUUCGCCCUGGAUGCUGAAUCAGGAGCGCCAUACACAUUGUUCGAGCUCGGCGGAACGUUCUAUUUCUUCACUGCAUCCGAUGAUUCUCUUGAACGCAUCACCUAUCCUACAGGACUUGGGGAAAUUCUAGGAUAUAUUGGAGAUCCAGAUGGCGGACUCAACGAUAUUUCAACAAAACCACUCUAG